UAACUGUGUCAAUUUAACGGUGAAACGUGAAUUCUGUGAUCUUUCAUUUAUCUGACUGGAGUUUGAUGGGUUGUGUGCAACUCACCUUUGAACGGCUUAAACGAAUAAAUACAGUGUUGUAUAUUUCUCUCUGCUGCUCUCAUAUGAUAACUGUGGUAAAUCAUAGUGAUGAGUGUGUAACUAUGGUAAAUGACUGUUGUCAAGCUGCAGCUGCGUCACGCUCCAGUCCAGCAGGUGGCGCAAACGCACCGCGUGUUAAAUAAAACAACACAUAAGGAAAAGAGAAGUCGAGCAGCAAUGUUCAUCAUGAGAGAUCAGAUGGAUGUGAUGUGCUGUAAAUCAGUAGGAACUGAUCUGUCCAUGCUGGAUAUUGAUGAUUUGAUGACAGAAAUCUCUCAGCUGAAGAAAGAGGUGGCGUUACUGGAGUCAAAGCUCAGACAGAGAGAUGAACUCAACACAAAGGAUGUAUCUGGUGUCUGUCUCUGUGGCUUCGCUGAUCAAACAUCUACAGAGCUUCUUGUUUCUGUCUGUAAUGAUGAAGACCAGAAGACAUCAGUGAAUCUGCUGGACUGUGGCACGAAAGUGAAACAAGAAGUCACAGAAGAACAGAUAGAUGAAGGUGGUUUGAUUUUUUCAGACCUAAUGGAGGUAAAACAAGAAGUCACAGAAGCAAGAGAACAGACAAAUGAAGAUCUGAAAGUGAAGGAGGAAAGUUCACAACUCAGUAUAAUGGAAGAGACACCUCAUCAUUUCAUACCCAAGGAAGAAUCUCUGACCUGCUUGAAGACUAAGAAAAAAAUUUCACCAAAAAUUAGCAACAAACAAAAAACAACAACAGCCAAGGAUCCUUUUAUGUGUCCUCAGUGCAGAUUUAUUUUCAGCCAUAAAUCUGCACUUAAAAGGCACAUGAAUCUUCACACUGGAGAAAAGCCUCACAUAUGUGUUCAGUGUGGAAAGAGUUUCAGUAUUAGGUCCUACUUGACUGUUCACAUGAAAAUUCACACUGGAGAAAAACCUUUUAAUUGUGAUCAGUGUGGAAAGAGCUUCCCCUUUAAAUCUAAGCUAAAUAUCCACACAAGAAUUCACACGGGAGAUAAACCUUACAGAUGCGAAUGGUGUGAAAAGAGCUUCGCCCGUAGGUGUGACCUUAAUGUCCACAAGAGAAAUCACACUGGAGAUAAACCUUACAGAUGUGAUCAGUGUGGAAAGGGCUUCGUUCGUAAGUCUGACCUUAAUUCGCACGUGAAAAUUCACAUAGGAGAAAAGCCUCACAGCUGUGAUCGAUGUGGAAAGGCCUUCAUUCAUAAAUGCCAACUUAAUGAGCACAUGAAAGUUCACACUGGAGAAAAGCCUUUGAGAUGUGAUCAGUGUGGAAAGAGCUUCAGUCGAAAGUCCAACUUGAAUGUGCACAUGAAAAUUCACACCGGAGAAAAAGCUUACAGAUGUGUGAUCAGUGUGGAAAAAGCUUCGGUUGAAAGUCCGACUUGAAUGUGCACAUGAACAUUUACACUGGAGAAAAGCCUUAGAGAUGUCGUAAGUUGGAUAUCGACUUGCACAUGAAAAUUCACACUGGAGAAAAGCCCUUUAAAUGGACUGCAUUUAGCGCUUUCAUGGACCCAUGGCCAUCCAAAGCGCUUUACAAUUUGCCUUACAUUCACUCGGCGGCGGUGUCAGCCAUGCAAGUCGCCAUCCAGCUCGUCAGGAGCAGCUGGGGUUAGGUGUCUUGCUCAAGGACACCUCAACACUUGAUCAGAUGGAGCUGGGGAUUGAACCACCAAUCUUCUGGUUUGUAGACAACCUACAUGAACCACUGAGCCACUGCCACCCCUCAUAAGUCCAUCCUUAAAGUGCACAUGAAGAUUCACACUGAAGAACGGCUUUAAAUGCCCAAUACACACUGCACUUAAAUGAGGGAGUGAAUCGUCUAAAUCAUUGUUCUGUGUGUGUGUGUUCAAAACAAGACUCCUGAAACGAUGAUACUUGACACAGGGGUAACCAUGGCAACAUUCUGCCGUCUCGCAUGUUUAAAGUCCCCGUGAACCGGAAGUUGUGAUCGUCUUCCGUGUUGUGACGUAUUUCCAAGUGAAACAGAAUAUCACGUGAGGAAAAUUGUGCUUUGAUUUGAUAUAGAAAAGUACGCAUUUCAUCCAGAAAUGGAACUGGCAGGGAAAACGAUUGCUUUCGCCCAAACUGUCUAACUGAUGUCAUAAGAGAAUGUUCACCACAAGAGGGCGGAAGUCAAUUUUCAGAUUUUGUUUAAAAAAAUUUUUAUUACUUGCACAGAUACAUUUUUAUAAUAAACACUGCAAUGUUACUUAAAUAUUACUUAAAUAUUUAAAUAUUACUAAAAAUUGUCAGUUUUAAUUUCAUUGGAGCUUAAAAAUGUUGUCCUAUGGCCUGUUCAGACCACCAGUGAUUAACAGUAGCUGAGCGACGUGAUCUCAUUCUUUUCAAGAGAAGCUUGGCAACUUCCAACUUCAGAAAAGUUCAACUUUUUAUGCAAAUAAUGAGCGACAUUCGGCAGCGACUACCAAUGACAGAGAAGCAGAGAAGUUCAUGUCAAAUGUCUCUCGUCAGUUACUGCAGUGGAUGGUUUUCAUUUUUAUUAAAUGAGUAUCGCCAUUAAUUUCAUUGGAAUUAGAAACACCUCCUAACUAGGGAUGUAAGAAAAUAUGUGACCAGUGCUGGCAAAAUAAAGAUCCUGUUUUUGUGUUAACAGUGUGCAAUAUAACGCAGUAUUUUUCACACAAUUUACUUAUCUCUAUAGCGCUGUUUUCACUGAGCCUGAGCUUGUUGAGAUGCUUGAUUCUGAUUGGCCAGUUGCAGCAUUGUUCCCUAUACAUGGAUAUCAGCUGACGUCACUCACUUGUCUUCCGCCAUUUUGAGGACUUGAAGUGGUCGCAAAAGAAUUAGAAGCUAUGCCUUCAAUAUGCUGUGAGCAUCAAAAUCGCUAUUUUAACAACACUAAGAAGGCUCAACACAACAUGAUAUUUUGCUCGAAGUAUCGCCUGUGUCUCUACACGUGAACUCGAGCAUUGAGAACAUUGUUUGUGAAAAGAGAGUUCAGUUUUGAACAACUGACUUUGGAUGAUUUGGCGUCCGCUCACCGCCUUCUUCCCAGUCAAGAUGUAUCGAUUUCCUCCAAUUGCGACGUAAGGAGGGAGGAUUGUAAAUAUUGAUAUCUCCUAAAGCAUAGUUCCAUAAAAAUGCACAGAUAAUUCGUUGUUUUGUGUGAAAAACAAUAUUGACCUUCUAGUUGAAAAAGGAGCCUCAUAUGAGAUUCAUUCAUUCCCCUUUGGAAAUCGAUUAUUUCCGUCUGGCAGAGAUGACGAGCGGACAACAUAACAGCCAAAGUCAGUUGUACAAAACAUUUAUUUUUAGUAAACUCUGUGUACAAAAAAUAUGUUCUCAAUGCUCGCGUUCAUGUGUAGAGAUCCAGGUGAUACUUCGCGCCGCCUUAUGUUGUAAAAUAGUGGUAGUUCGGUAGCAGCGGACAGCGGCUGGAAGAACGCAUCAGGGAUCGAGAAGGCAUCACACCCUUACCAAGAUAUAUUUUAAAGUAGCGUUUAUUUUCAUGACAGUCGAGAUGCGACAUGUUGUCUUUUGUAGCCCUUUACUGUAUCCGUAAGAAUCAUAGACAGUAAAUCCGUAAAUCGUAGCAAGGUAGCCAAUGCUUGUCAAUAGCAUACUGGUACUCGGUAGGUCCUCAAGAUGGCGGCAUUACGUAAAAGGUCACAUGACUGAAAUCAAUCUAUACUCCAGCCAUAUUUGUUUUCUGCUCUCCGCGGUCUAGCCAAUAGUAUAACAUUGUGAGACCUACUUGGCGGGUAUUUAGUAAGGCCCCUUCUGAUUGGCCUAAUUUUGAAAUAUCUAAGCUUGCAGCACACAGUGUAAGUUAUCGCACUUCUCUGCGGUAUGGAUGUCGCAUAUGCUGUUAUCAUGUUAACGGUAAUUUUUCGGUAUACUGUGCAGUCCUACUGUAUAUUUAUAAAUCUAUAUAAACUGUUUUUGUUUUUAUGUCACAUUGUUAUCAGGGAUGGGCGGUAUUUUUGAUACAUGUAUUUCAAAUACAAAAUAGUAUUUUGUUAUUUAUAUUUAAUAGGGUUGAUGAAAAUGCCUUAGUAUUUUGUAUCAAAAUACCUCAGUGUUUUGUAUUUUUAAAUACUGAAAAAAUACUUUGUAAGAAGUCUACACGAUGACAUCAUAAAAAUGCGGUGUCUGAUUGGUGCCUAGUAAGAAGUUUGCCCAGCCCCAGAUCAAAAAAUUGAUCCAUAUGAAAGGUGGUGGUCAAGUUAAGAAAUGUGCAGGCUGCCAGCAUUUCAUCUUUAUUUUUGCACAAUUUGCUAUAAUUUUUAACAGUUCAUGUUAAGUUUUGGUGUUUGUUGUAGUAGCAACAUGCAGACUUGCCCGCUUUUCAUCAAAAGAAUCAUGAUAUUUAAGUUUGGAUACCAUUGCAUGAACCCUUCAUUACAGGUUGCACAUGUCAGAUUUUUGCAUGACUCAAUUAGAGUCAAUGUAAUGGUGAAGAUCAAAUAGUCCAACUGAUGGAAGGUUUGCCAAGAAAUGUCAUGCUCCCUUGUAAAAGUAUUUUUUUGUAUUUAUUUUCAAAAUACAAAAAUGCAGUAGUUUAUUGUGUUUCGUAUUUUAUUUUAAAACACUUAAAUCUAAGGUAUUUGGUAUUUUAUUUUAAAAUACGUUUUGAUGUAUCUUUGCCCAACCCUAAUUGUAAUAAUGAAUUACUUACAUUUUUCUAUGUUCAAUGUUUUUUGGUGGAGAAAUAAAUGAAAGGAUGCUGAGAAUAAUCAGAUAUUUUUAAUUGUUUAUUUUAAUUUAGUUUGUUUUUACGUUUUUAAAUGAUUUUUAACACAAUGGGUCUCAUUAACUAUGUAUACAUACGCAUGAAUUUGUUCGUGAAAUGUGUGUUCGGAUGUUUUAACUAACAAAUCAUGAUACUAAAAUUUCUUCUAAACGUAAGAACAACUUAGACCACACGUGCACAAUAAUCAUGAAAAAGGAUACAGAACCCUAUAAUAUAUAUCCGUGCAUAUUUUAUAUAUUUUUCCUUGUUUAUGAUUAUUGCCUACGUGUGGUCUUAGUUGUUCUAACGUUUUUUGCAAACAUUUAAAACACAUUUUAGUAUGAAUGUUUUUGUUGAAUCAUGAUUUGUAAGGUAAAACAUCUGUAUGCACAUUUUACAAACAAAUUUGUGCAUAUGCAUGCUUAGUGAAUGAGACCCAAUGUUUUGUUAUCAUUUGAAGUAGAGUAAAGUCUUUAAAUUGUAUUUAAAAAGUGUGUUUCUCCUCUUGUGAUGUGAUAAUACCUCUGCACCACUGGAGGGCAUCAACUCCUAAACAUUUGGAUUUAAACUCCUGAUGCACACUGUGUGUUAGUAUUGGUAAUAAUUCCUAUCUUUAGGAAAAGCAUCAUACAUCACUACUCUUUUAUUUUUAUAAUAUAUUGCAGGUGUGCACUAAUGUUUUGGCAUCAUGUGUACUAAAUGAUCGGAGCAUAUUAAACAGCACACUGUAUCCCAUCAUGCAGUUUGACUUGUCCCUACAUUUUCACUGAAGAAAA